GCUUGCGAGCAGCAGCGAGUCUGCUUCUGAACCAAGCCCCCUUCCAUCGUCUCUCCACAGCCAGCGGCCAGCAGCAACUCCGAUUACCAGCAUCGGCAAGCAGCAUCGAGUUCAACGCUGUGCGUUGAAGUUCCCCUAAUCUCGACGGCUGAGACCACCCGUGCAGUUUUGCAUGAACGUUUAGAGAGGAGCGGUGGAUUCCAAGAGAAAUUCCGAAAAGUGGCUUUGUCAUUUUUAACAAAUAAAAAAAAAGGACCCAGGCUGCAAUGAGGAAGGCAACACUCACGGCAGGCCUCCUUUUCACGCUGUAUGCAUCGGUCUACGCGAGCAACCUGAAAGGCGUGGUUUUCCACUACCGGGGCCCGGGCAGCCGCUACAGCCUCACGUUCGAGGCCGCGCGCGCCGCGUGCCGGGACAUCGACGCCCACAUCGUCACCCCCGAGCAGCUGCAGGCGGCCUUCGAGGAUGGGCUGGACCAGUGCGACGCGGGAUGGGUGUCUGACCAGAGCGUUCGGUACCCGAUCGUGCAUCCCAGACGUAAAUGCGAUGGCGACAAGAUCCACGAUCCUGGAGUGCGAAAUUACGGCGUGAAGAGCCCCAAUGAGAUGUUCGACGUGUACUGCUACGUGGAGGAGCUCCGAGGCGAGGUGUUCCAUGCGUCGGCGAUCAGACGCCUGACCCUGAGCGGCGCCCGCGACCACUGCGAGACGCUGGGCGCCACGCUGGCGUCGCCGGGACAGCUGUUUGGUGCAUGGCGCCUGGCAGGGUUGGACCGCUGCGACCCGGGCUGGCUGGCCGAUGGGAGCGUGCGCUACCCGAUCGUGCGGCCUCGCACCAACUGCGGCGGGCCGGCCGCCGGUGUACGCACCGUCUACAGGGACAAGGACCGCACGGGGUUCCCGGGGCCCGAGCAGCGCUACGACGCCUACUGCUUCCGCGAUCACCAGACCGAGGGCAGCAGCAUUUUCGGUGACACAGCGGCGGCACUGCCGCGAGAGGAGAUGACGAUGUCGCUGGAGUUCGUUCCGGGCAGGGAUUCUGGCUUGGAGCUCCGUCCAGCGACCUACCAACCCCAGCAGCACCGGCAGUACCUCACCGAGCAGCGCAGCCAGUUCGUCCCAUCGGAUGCCACGGGGGGCAGCAUCCCAUUCUUCCACAGCGUCCAACAACCGCAGGGCAGCAGAAGUUCUUGGGGCCCCGGCGAGGAUUCCGAGAACGCGACAGCGCGACAGGUUCACGGCGCCCCCUCUGAGCGACACGCAUUUGGGGUUGGCGCAGAUGUCACCUUGGCAGGCCACGCGGAGGGGAAGCUGGAGAGCUCCCAAGAUGGACCGUCGGACGGGCAAGUGAUGAAGGUGGAGCGAGUGGUGUAUGCGCCACACAGGAGGGUAUUCCAGCCUGGAGCGACGGCGGCAGGGAGAGGUGGGGCGCACACAUUUGCGCCGGGACGUCAGAGCGACGCGCGCGGUGCGCACCUUGUGUACGUGGAGACGGAGAAGCACGUGACUCACAAAGGCGUCGUGGUGCCGCGCCCCGCAGAUUCCGAGACCAAAGCCGGGGCUGCCCACGGACAACGGGGCACGUUUCACGCGCCGGGCGGAGAGACGUCUCAUGUUUUGCAUGGACAAACGGAUUCGACUCGGGAAGAAGCAGGAGCUCAUGAAGUUCGCGAAGACACCAAUUUGUCCACUGUAGCUCACAGCGAGGUUGAUGACUCUCAGAUUGCGGAAGGAGAGGCUGAAGGGUCUCACUUUGCUGUCAUGAGCGGAGAAGAUUCUCACGUUGAACGCAGUGGCACUGAUGCUCCCGCUGACAUUGAGGGAGAAAUUGACGUGGCCCAGGUCCCUCAUGGUGAAACUGAUGAAUCUCACAUGACUGAAGGAGAUGUUGAAACAUCUCACAUUUCUGGAGAAGAAUCACACUUUUCACAAAGUGGGGCUGACAUUCAUUCGGAAAUUCACGAAGAAACUGAUCAGUCGAAUGUCCCUCAUGGUCAAACUGAUGAAUCUCACAUGACUGAAGGAGAUGUUGAAACAUCUCACAUUUCUGGAGAAGAAUCACACUUUUCACAAAGUGGGGCUGACAUUCAUUCGGAAAUUCACGAAGAAACUGAUCAGUCGAAUGUCCCUCAUGGUGAAACCGAUGAAUCUCACAUGACUGAAGGAGAUGUUGAAACAUCUCACAUUUCUGGAGAAGAAUCACACUUUUCACAAAGUGGGACUGACAUUCAUUCGGAAAUUCACGAAGAAACUGAUCAGUCGAAUGUCCCUCAUGGUGAAACUGAUGAAUCUCACAUGACUGAAGGAGAUGUUGAAACAUCUCACAUUUCUGGAGAAGAAUCACACUUUUCACAAAGUGGGGCUGACAUUCUUUCGGAAAUUCAUGAAGAAACUGAUCAGUCGAAUGUCCCUCAUGGUCAAACUGAUGAAUCUCACAUGACUGAAGGAGACACCAAGACAUCUCACAUUUCUACUUCAAGUGGAGAAGGAUAUCACGUUUCACAAAGUGGGACUGAGAUUGCUUCAGGAACUCAUGAAGAAAAGGAUUUGUUCCACGUCGCUCAAAUUGAAACGGAUGAAUCUCACGUGACUGAAGGAGACACUGAAACACCUGACAAAGCUUUUACAAGUGGAGAAGAAGCUCAUGUUGUGCAGAGUGAAACUGGAACUGCUGCUGAAAUUCAUGAAGAUAUUGAUUUGUCCCAAGUCCCCGAGACUGUGAUUGAAGAUUCCCAAACUGUUGAAGGAGAGACUGAUACAUCGCAUAUUUCCUCGGAGAGUGGGGAGGAAUCUGUCAUACUGCACAGUGGGGCAGAAACUCCUCACGAGAUACACGAAGACACUCACGUGCCCCAAGUGCCUCACAGCGGCAUUGGUGAAUCUAACGUUGAUGACGGAAAGACUGAAAUAUCUCACAUUGUUCAUUCAAGCGGAGAUGAAUCUCAGAGUGGGACCGAUGUUUCUUAUGAAAUCCAUGAAGAAACAGAUUCAUCUCCGGUGCCUCACAGCGGACUUGAAACAUUUCCCCUUUUGGAGGGACAGCCCGACACAUCUCACACUGCCAUUGUGAGUGGAGAAGAGGAUUCUCAUAAUGAUCAAAGCGGGGCUGAUGUUCUUCUUGACAUUCACAAAGACGUGCCAGCGUCCCAGGGUUCCGAGAGUGCCAUCGAAGGGUCUCAUGCUGCUGACGGUGAAAUCGAUACAUCUUCCAUCAUCCCCCUGAGCGGAGAAGAAUCGCCCGGAUUAUACAGUGGGACAGAGGGGCUUCAUGAGACACACGAAGACGACCACGUGUCCCAGGUGGGUGACGGUGAAACAGAUGAAGCUCAUGUUACUGAAGAAAAGAUGGAAACAUUUCACGAUGCUGUCGCGAGUGGAGAAGAAUCAGAAAUUUCACAGAGUGGAAUUGUAACUCCUCAUGAACUUCACGAAGAAGUCGAUGUGCCACUCGUCCCUCAUGGUGAAGUUGAUGCUUCUCAUAUUGCUGGAGAAGACACUGAAACUACUGUUGUGAGUGGAGAAGAAUCACAGAGUGGCACUGACAUACCUCAUGAAAUUCAUGAAAACUCCGACAUAUCCCACAUCCUUCAAAGUGGGUUUGAAAAGUCUCAAACUGCUGAAGGCGAUGUUAAAACAUCUCGUGUGCCCGUCGCAAGCGGCGAGGAAUCUCACAUCAUUGAAAGUGGAGUAGAUGUUUCCCAUGCUGUAGAAGAUGAAUUUGGUGUCCGUCACAGUGGAGUCGAUGACUCUCAAGCUCCCGAAGAAGUUGACGCAUCUCACAUUGCUCAUGCAACCGGAGAGGAAUCUCAGAUCGUUGAAAGUGGAGAUGAUGUUUCUCAUGGAGUAGAAGGGGAAUUCGGUAUCCAUCACAGUGGAGUCGAUGACUCUCAAGCUCCCGAAGAAGUCGACACAUCUCACAUUGCUCUUGCAACCGGAGAGGAAUCUCAGAUCGUUGAAAGUGGAGAUGAUGUUUCUCAUGGAGUAGAAGGGGAAUUCGGUGUCCAUCACAGUGGAGUCGAUGAAUCUCAAUCUUCCGAAGAAGUCGACACAUCUCACAUUACAUUAACAAGUGGAGAGGAAUCUCAGAUUACAGACAGUGGGAUUGCUGUUCCGUCUGACAUUCAUGAAGACACCCUUGCACCCAAGGUCCCUCACAGUGGACUAGAUGAAUCUCCCAUCGUUGACGGCGAUACUGUAGUAGCAAGUGGAGAGGAAUCUCAGAUUACCGAGAGCGGCAUCGGUGUUCCUUCUGACAUUCAUGAAGACACUCUCGGGCCCCAAGCUCCUCACGGGAGGGUAGAUGAAUCCCACAUCGUUAAAGGACAGACGGAGACAUCUCACAUCGCCGUAGCAAGCGGAGAAGAUUCUCACUUUACAGACAGUGGGUUUGGUGUUCCGUCUGACGUUCAUGAAGACAGUCUAGCACCGCAAGUCCCUCACAGUGAUGUAGAUGCAUUUCCCAUCGUUGAAAGUGGAGUUGGUGUUUCUGCUGACAUUCAUGAAGACAGUCUAGCACCGCAAGUCCCUCACAGUGAGGCAGAUGAAUUUCCCAUCGUUGAAAGUGGAGUUGGUGUUUCUGCUGACAUUCAUGAAGAUAGUCUAGCACCGCAAGUCCCUCACAGUGAUGUAGAUGAAUUUCCCAUCGUUGAAAGUGGAGUUGGUGUUUCUGCUGACAUUCAUGAAGACAGUCUAGCACCGCAAGUCCCUCACAGUGAUGCAGAUGAAUCUCCCAUCGUUGAAAGUGGAGUUGGUGUUCCUUCUGACAUUUAUGAAGACAGUCUAGCACCGCAAGUCCCUCACAGUGAUGUAGAUGAAUCUCCCAUCGUUGAAAGUGGAGUUGGUGUUUCUGCUGACAUUCAUGAAGACAGUCUAGCACCGCAAGUCCCUCACAGUGAUGUAGAUGCAUUUCCCAUCGGUGAAAGUGGAGUUGGUGUUUCUGCUGACAUUCAUGAAGACAGUCUAGCACCGCAAGUCCCUCACAGUGAUGCAGAUGAAUCUCCCAUUGUUGAAAGUGGAGUUGGUGUUUCUGCUGACAUUCAUGAAGACAGUCUAGCACCGCAAGUCCCUCACAGUGAUGUAGAUGAAUCUCCCAUCGUUGAAAGUGGAGUUGGUGUUUCUGCUGCCAUUCAUGAAGACAGUCUGGCACCACAAGUCCCUCACAGUGAUGUAGAUGCAUCUCAAGCUUCCGAAGAAGUCGACGCAUCUCAAAUUGCUCUUGCAACCGGAGAAGAAUCUCAGAUCGUUGAAAGUGGAGAUGAUGUUUCUCAUGGAGUAGAAGGGGAAUUCGGUGUCCAUCACAGUGGAGUCGAUGAAUCUCAAUCUUCCGAAGAAGUCGACACAUCUCACAUUACAUUAACAAGUGGAGAGGAAUCUCAGAUUACAGACAGUGGGAUUGCUGUUCCGUCUGACAUUCAUGAAGACACCCUUGCACCCAAGGUCCCUCACACUGGACUAGAUGAAUCUCCCAUCGUUGACGGCGAUACUGUAGUAGCAAGUGGAGAGGAAUCUCAGAUUACCGAGAGCGGCAUCGGUGUCCCUUCUGACAUUCAUGAAGACACUCUCGGGCCCCAAGCUCCUCACGGGAGGGUAGAUGAAUCCCACAUCGUUAAAGGACAGACGGAGACAUCUCACAUCGCCGUAGCAAGCGGAGAAGAUUCUCACUUUACAGACAGUGGGUUUGGUGUUCCGUCUGACAUUCAUGAAGACAGUUUAGCACCCCAAGCCCCUCACAGUGGAGUAGAUGAUUCUCAAAUCUCUGAAGAAGUUGACACAUCUCACAUUACAUUAGGAAGUGGAGAAGAAUCUUACAUUACAGAGAGCGACAUUGGUGUUUCUUCUCACAUUCAUGAAGAAAGUCUAGCACCGCAAGUCCCUCACAGUGGAGGAGAUGAAUCUCAAAUCUCUGAAGAAGUUGACACAUCUCACAUUACAUUAGCAAGUGGAGAGGAACCUCACAUUACGGACAGUGGGUUUGGUGUCUCUUCUGACAUUCAUGAAGAUAGUUUAGCACCGCAGGUCCCUCACAAUGGAGUAGAUGAUUCUCACAUUUCUGAAGAAGUUGACACAUCUCACAUUACAUUAGCAAGUGGAGAGGAAUCUCACAUUACAAAGAGCGACAUUGGUGUUUCUUCUGACAUUCAUGAAGACAGUCUAGCACCCCAAGCCCCUCACAGUGGAGGAGAUGACUCUCACCUUUCUGAAGAAGUUGACACAUCUCACAUUCCAUUAGCAAGUGGAGAGGAAUCUUACAUUACAGAGAGCGGCAUUGGUGCUUCUUCUGAAAUUCAUGAAGACAGUCUAGCACCCAGAGCCCCUCACAGUGGAGUAGAUGCAUCUCACAUGGUUAAAGGAGAGACGGGAACAUCUCACGUUGCCAUAGCAAGUGGAGAAGAUUCUCACAUUACAGAGAGUGGGUUUGGUGUCCCUUCUGACAUUCAUGAAGACGCUCUAGCACCCCAGGUCCCUUACAGCGGAGUAGAUGAGUCUCACAUGGCUGAAGGUGAAACUGUAGUGACGAGUGGAGAAGAAUCUCGCGUUACCGACAGUGAAUUUGGUGUUUCUUCUGAAAAGCGCGAAGACACUGAUUUGCUCAUAAUUCCUCACGUUGCAAUCGACGAAUCCCAAACUGCUGAAGGGGAGUCCAGUUCUUCUCAUAUUGUAACGAGCGGCGAACAUCGAGUGACUGCAGAAGAAGACUCUGACGCCCCUCAGAGUGGCUUCGAUGCCCCGCUUGCGACUCACGAGGAGACCGACACGUCGCAGAUUGCCCGUGCCGAAGACGCCGGUUCAUCCCAGGUUAUAAUCUCGAGCGGCGAACCUCACCUUCUCGAGACGGACGAGUCGCAAAUUGUACGAGGGGAAGUCGAGACGUCACAAAGCGCCAUCGAUGUCCCCGAGCUCACUCAUGAGGAGGAAAUACUGCCGGUCGCAGGCGAGGCCGACCAUUCGGCCGAGGAGGCAGGAGGCUUUCCCCAGACGUCCAUUGACAUGGCCGCCCCACACCCGGAGGUUGCCCCGCUGCCCACAGACACCCCGUACGACGGCAGCGCAGCAGAGCCCGGUAGCUCCCUCGCCCCCGAACAAUCCGGACUCCCCGAGUCCGAGGAAUCGGAACACGAGACCGUAUCCAUCACUGUCGAAGUCCCAGAAUCGUACGAGGAGCUCGGCGUGCCCGGAGAAUCCGGGGUUCCGGAGCAAGAUUUGUCGGCUGCUGAGGAAGUCUUGGAGUCGGUGCCGAGCCAGGAGAGCGGCAUGGAGGCGUACCCAACGGAGCCGGGCUCGACGGCCGUCCUGGAACCGGAAGUGGGCGUGGGCUCGGGCGUUGCUGAGCCGGGAGGAGUCGUUGGCGCGACGGAGGAGGCACCAGAGGCGCCUGUGGUGCUGGGAGAGGGCGGGGAGAGUGGCGUUGGCGAGGGGCGAACGCCAGGCGGCGAGGACGACCUCUCUGGGGACUUCCUGCUCAAGUCGGGUCCUGGCUCACAGCUGCCCACUGACUUCACGGUGCCCGAGCAAAGCGGCAUUGAAAUCGGGCUUGCAUCUGGCGAGGGGCCGCUGCCCGAGAGCGAGCACGCGUUGCCAACCGGCGAGGAAGGCCUGCCGUCAGGGGAGGGACCCAGCGACGUCCCGCCCGCUCCCCCCGGCCCCACGCUUCCGGGAGAGGGCCCCACCACCGAGGUGCCCGCCCGGCCGUCGUCCGAGCCCAUGCCCGCGCUGCCGGACGAGGCGUCGGGCGCCGGCGAAUUCGACCCGGAGUGGGUGGCACCGCCGUCGCUGACGCCCGGCGUCGAGUCCGUUCCGCCCGAGGAGGACGAGAGCGGAGAGCUCUACCCGGGCUCCGGGGAGGUCGUCCCGGUCGUCGCGACCACCGCCACCGCCGCCGGGUCGGGGACGGACGGAGACGAGGAAGGGGCGGAGCUCGUGCCGGUGGCGUCGGGAGACGACGACUUUGCGGAGUCUCUCGGUGAGACGGGCGUCAUGAAGCAGGGCAGCGGCAGCACGGAGGGCCCCGUGGUGGAGGGGGAGGACUGGGGACUGGCGCAGAGCGGCCAGGAGAACGAGACCUUGGUGGAGGGCGCCCCACCGGUGGACGUCAUUCCGUACGGAGAGGAGCACCUCGUACCGGGGAUUUCGGACGAGCACCCGUUGACCUCGGCCGAAGGCUCAACCACCGAGGCGUCGUCCGGAAUUGGAUCGGGCGUCGCUUAUGGAGAGGCCUCCACCGUGGGUGCGGUGCCUUCCGCUCUGCCGGAAAUCCCGCCGGCGUUGGUUCCUGACGAGACGAGCGGCAUCACCGUGGGGUCGACGCCAGAUGAGCAGCAGCAGCAGGAGGAGGAGGAGGUCGUGUCGAUCGUCGCACCACCGGUCGAAGGACUUCCGAGUCAGCUCAACGAGAGCUCCGCUGAGGGUCCAGAAUCUGGAUCCACUCCCGUUCCGGAUGUCCCAGAAUUACUCAUCCCCGACCACAGCGCCGUGGAGCCCGGGCAGUUCCUCACCCCAGCACCCAGUCCCGAAGACGGCAGCGGCGUCGUUGUCUUCGCGACGGCGCCACCCUCCCCACCCGCGGAGACCGAGGUUGCCUCCGGCCUCGUUCCGGAGACGACCGUUGCACCCCUCGGCGUGACGGAGGGCAGCGUCGCCGAGGAUCGCGACGGCGGCGGCGUCGAUGGAGCGGAGGACGCCGUGGUGACGACGGAGAGAGCGGACGUGCAGCAGGAGCUGGGGCCGGAGGAGAGCUCUCCAGUGGUGGAGGAAGCCAUCUCGGAGACUCUGAGAGCCAUGCAGGGCUCCUGCUCCGAGGUGCCGUGUCUGAACGGAGCUACAUGCACGGACACGGACGGGGGACUCCACGUCUGCCACUGCGCGCUCGGCUACACGGGCGACACCUGCCAAAUCGACAUUGACGAGUGCCACUCCAGCCCGUGCCGGAACGGAGCCACGUGCGUGGAUGGCAUCCACUCCUUCUCCUGCCUGUGCCUGCCCAGCUACGGCGGCCCCCUGUGUGAGCUCGACACGCAACAGUGCGAGGUCGGGUGGCAGAAGUUCCAGGGACACUGCUACAACUUCUUCCCGCAACGGCGCAACUGGGAGGACGCGGAGCGCGACUGCCGACUGCACGGCUCUCACCUGGCCAGCAUCCUGUCGUCGGAAGAGCAGCGAUUCAUAAACCGGAUGGCCCAGGACUACCAGUGGAUCGGUCUCAACGACAAGAUGUUUGAGCAUGACUUCCGCUGGAGCGACGGACACACCCUGCAAUACGAAAACUGGAGGCCAGCUCAACCUGACAGCUUCUUCUUUGACGGCGAGGACUGCGUGGUGAUGAUCUGGCAUGAGGACGGCCAGUGGAACGACGUCCCCUGCAACUACUACCUCCCCUACACGUGCAAGCGCGGAGCGGUGUCUUGCGGGCCUCCGCCCAUCGUGGAGAACGCCAUGACGUUCGGGCGACUCAAAAGCCGCUACGAGAUCAACGCCAUCGUCCGCUACCACUGCCGCGAGGGCUUCAUCCAGAGGCACUUCCCCGUCAUCCGCUGCCACCCAGACGGGAAGUGGGACGAGCCGCGCAUCACCUGCAUCAACCCCGGAACUUACAAUCGGAUUCCACAAAGAUAUUCCCUCCAGUGAACCCCACUGAAGACUCCACACAUUCCCACGGUGGCCACCCAGGAACGAUCCAAACGUCGUACACCACGUCUCGCCCUUGAGCCGUUGGCCCGAAAAUGGCUCAUUGGUACCACCUAGGGGGGCAAAUGCUACCAAUGAUUAUUUUAAAGAAUUUUAACAUUACGUCACGAAUAUGUCUGAUAGCAAGGUCACUGUGGUAGUUUUUUUUUUCGAAAAAGGUCAUCGAAGAAGGUCACCGUGUUUAAUUUGAUGGAGAAUAUUGUUUCAGAAGGAAAAUAACUGAAUGUGAAAUGAAUCGUCGAUGGAAUAUGAACAUUAAUAGAAAGUGUGUCUAUAGAACAGAGAGUAUGUGUGCUUAGCUUUCUGCCCAUGGCGGAUACUGGUAGCCUUUCCAACCCAUGUGGUACCAACCAAUCCCCUUUGAGCAUCUACUAUACACUGCCCAACUACAACAAUGUAGAGUGACGCACUUUUUACAUUGUUGACGUUCUACCUUCUACUCCUCCCACACCCCCAUCCUACUUUAACCUUAUUAUUUUUACCAUGCUCUUGGCCAAAGCUGAAUUUUAAGUGUUUAAUUCAGGGAUGGAUACGUAGAAUAACGGUCAGCUGGCAAAUUCUGUGGCUAGAAAGAGGGCAGAACAAUGUUCGGUCACCCCCAUCUGAAAAAAUGGUUCGCUCCGUAGCACAUUCCCUGUAAACUCAUGCUUGCUUAGUUUGGACUGCGGGUCGGUCUAUUGUUUUAUAGGGGUGGUUUAGUUGUUGUGCCCUCACCGUCCAGAUUUGCUCGGGGGAAGUGAAAGCCACGGUCGUCAGAACACUUGGGCAGCAAACAACGAUGGGCAAAGCAGGCACGUAUUUUUUUUUCUUGGUAUUAUUUGGAAACCAAACUAAAUUAUUUGCUUCGGGUUUUCUGGAACCACAAGGCAAUUAUAGCAAUGAAUUCUAACAUGGAGGCCAGUGUGUGUACCCACAACUUAACAAAACGGUCUCUUUGUACUUCAAGCAUUCAAGUACAGUUUAAUUAUUUCGUAUAAUACAGUAUAUUACUGUUAUAAACAAAUGACGUGUUAUUUAGCGACCUGCAAUAUUGAAUAACGUAUUUAAUUUGCAGCUGGGUGUGAAGGGCAUGCGACCUGAUUAUUUUUUUCUAUGCGGGACCAUCGCGCUCUUCUGCGAUUCAAAACCAGGCAAUGCCCUCGUCGUUUUUGGUCUCAUAAUUGGGCCCUCACUCGACUCGACAAACGUCUGCGCCCCGUUACGUCCGUCCGUCCAUCCGUCCGUCCGUCCGUCCGAUGCGUUCACCUCCUCGGCGCGCCGCGAUGAGGGAACCAUGCUGCCAGACCUGCUAAAAGCUACCCACGUUGUUCUGAUGCUUCACCAGACCAGUGUGUGUGUAAGUCUGCCUCUAGUCCACCUCAUGUCUGUGUCACUGAUUACCAGCAUCCUCAAGGGCGAUUGUUAAGUCUGGUGGCACACUGUCGCUCCGGCAUCAGGUGAUGGCAAACUACACUCUGUGUUUUUUGUUUUGUUUCUUGUUUUAAGCAAAGCAAGCUCGUGGUUUCGUUGAUCAGCGUGAUAACUGGAUUGUGAUAGUGACGCGUGACAAUAACAAAUCACACCAGGGUUUGGGCAAUCACCAUUACCUUCCAUCUGGCAGACUGCAUGAUUAUUUUAAAUACGGCUCCAUCUGACGGAGGACGCUCUGACAAGGCCACCUUUCCCGUUCGCAGUAUUAAAGACGAACUGUUUGCUCGAAACUGGCAUGACCCAGGAGGUUAGGGCCUAUUCUUUGUGUUCAGACUGGAGCAAAAGGUUAGCUCUUGAACCUCAUCUCCAUGACCAACUUUCUGGUGGACUGGCACUAGCCUUGUGCAUCUCCAUGAUCUCGUGAAGUUGUUCCGUGAUAUCAUCAUUAUUAUUAGGCUGGCCCUACCUAGUCCACCAGGUCUCAUUUUAGAUAUAACUCCGGACAGCAUCAAUAUGCUGAUGACAUUUGCUUACUAAGUUCAACAUAUUUGUCAACAAGGAGAUGCCGAAUUAUAACACUUGCUUUGUUUUGAGAGCGUAAUUUAGUCAACAUUGUUUGUUAUAAACAGACACAAUUAUUUAAAAGUAUUGUUUUUUAAUACACAAUACUCUCUGACGCACACGCCCACUCAUCCUUCCUAUCCCAUAAACUAGGCGAGUGCUGCACAGCAACAUUGUGCCAUCCCUGGGUGAGUGACUAUACCACAUGAGAUGGGGAAAGGCAAAAGCAGAGCUGUCAAGUUGGGAGACGCCAAAGCCUAAGCCUGACCAGCAGUGGUUGUGAGAUUGAUUAGCGGUGGUGUGAGUUGCGGUUUGCGGGGAGGGGGAUGGGGUUGUAUUAUCAAAGAGUGGGGGAAAAUGGGAGCUGUUAUUGCAUUUGCAGGCUGUACCGUUAUGCCGUUUACUACGAACUGGUCAAGGCUUCCCAGAGGUUUUUUACCUACGUGACUUUACCGAAAAAACCUAAGAGUAUAUUCCCAGAGGUUCCUGGAGGCCUGAGGCAGAAAGCCACGUGGGACCCGUUUAUUCUUUGGCAAUAAAACGACCCUGAUGUGAGGCCCUCAUUCCUACAACGCCCAGUGAAAACGGCUUCUUUUACCUCACCCCCCCACCCCCACACCUUUCUGGGUAGGUCUGGUAUGGCCUGCAGUAUAGUGAGAAACAGAGCAAUUGCGUGAGACUUCCAAGCUCUAGAAAGGAAUGGUGCCUGGGGCACGUCGUUUUCGCAAUGCCACGCAUUGCUGGGCUGGAGCUAAUCCGGCUCAAAGCCACAACGCGCAGAUCGCCUGACCACAGCGAGUUUUGUUUCAUGGAGAUGUAGGAUUUGCUGCCUUACUCAGGCGAUGUUUUGGGCACGAUUGACAUCUUUGUGAGCUAUGAGGAAUGCAGACCGUGACCCCGGCACUGACGUGGAUUACAAACUUCGGCGAACACUCGUUUUGUGACGGCGCUACUGAAACAAUAUCCAAUCCACGAGAUGACUGGCUUGGCUCAGAUAUUUGUGUCAGCCAUUUUGAAGAUUCCAGGCCAGUCAUUCAGAGUAGCAUGGAAUGUGUAUCCUAAAAGAGACUUUUACCGAUAUAUUUGUCCAUCGCCAUCUGGCAGGGUGUAAGCAAUGCGAGGUGAGUGGAGGCAAUCAAAUGCACAGCUAAAGAAAAUAUCGACGAUUGGAGGGUUAGAUACAUUCAUGGAACAGACACAUUUUAGGUGGCUCUAAAGUAUAUUAUCCCAGACAUCUUCCAGCGUGUCACUUAGCUGUUGGUAGGCUUUGCAUUUUGAUGGAGCAACUCUUCUGUUUGCAGCCGAUGAUCAUGCCCUGGAAUUGUAUCAAAUAGCCAGUGCGUUGCGACUAGAGCAAUCGGAAAUUGGAGAAAACCCAGCUUUGUCCAUCAUUCUCAUCUCUAUUCAACGGUGAGCAACCAAUCUUGCCAAUAUCAUGUCAUUUGCCAGAGCGUCAUGGCGCACACCCUUCACUGCAGCAGCAGGUGGCAAUACUAGAAUUUAAUAUAAAUUCGCUGAUAGGAGCUACCGUGCAGAUUGAAUACCAUUGCUGUAAAGCCAGGUCCACACCUGAGCGAUCAGUUGCAUGGAACCCAACAAUGUAUAUGCAACCGGUUUCGAGCAGUUGCACUGCCGGUUGCUAUAUGUAGAGAUAGAUUCUACUUUUAAAGUAUCUGCUCAAUGAUUUGGGCCGCUUACUCGGACCACCAUUGAAAGAACUCCUCCCCCCCCCCCCCCCCCCAUUAUUGCAUCGUUGCGUUGGUUCCCAAUCUCUUAAACGAGCGGUUAUUUAAGAUCACGCUGCUCAUAUUCAAGGCCUUGUGAGAGCUGGCUCCGCUUUAUAUUCACGAGACAAUUCAACCGCAAUGCCCUGGCAGGGUCCAUAAGAUCCGUCGAUGCUGCCCUCCCAUGUUACACCUCGAUGUCGGUUACAUUCUUGGGGUGAUUGGGAAUUUACCGUGGUGGUCCCCCCCCCCUUCCCCGGUUGUAGAUCUCCCGACCGUUGGAGAUCAGGCUCCCGGGCAAUGCUGACAGUGUUUCAAUCUCGACUAACAACCUAUCUUUUUUUAAUAAUAAGGUUUCUCCUUCAUUAGUUUUCUUCCCCUUUGGCUCGUAUUCUGCCAGCCGCCUCUUUCUUCGUGGCUCCUUGAGACUUUGUGAAAGGCGCUUGACAAGUGCACAUUCUUAUUUCUGUAGCGAUGUAUUUCAUCACGCGCACGCUCGCGAACUACUCGCUCCGAUGUGGACAAAGCAGUUGCAGGAGACUACGUUGAUUUCCAGAGCGACGUGUUUGUGCAACACAUCAGCCCGGUGUGCGCUUGGCUUAAAGCUGUGCUUGCUGAUGUUGGAGACCAUCCAUCCCAUCGUUGAGACCGUCCCUUUAUCUGUGUGUGUGCGGCUGUCAGGUGACUUUUGAGAGCAAGACAGAAACGCUGUACAUACUUGCAUAUUAUUAACACAGUAACAGCUCACGGCAAUUAGCUGGUGACAUGAACAGCGUGGGAAGUCGUGUCUUACAAAUUAUUGGAAUAAUCUGAGGUGACGUCUUGACUUAGUGUCCUAUUUUCAAAACUUCUUGACUGCCACUGAUAUGUAUACAUGUCUUAGUAAUAUAUUUCUUGAUGCAAAUACGUCGAAAAGCAUCGCCUCAGCUACAGCAUGUAGCUGGCAUCACACAAAUAUGGUUUCCAUUAGCAGGCUUGUCAUCAGGAACACAGUUAAAUAUUUAGAUCAGCGUUGCCACAUCUAGAAUGUUUGGUACUGUUAUUUUUUUCCCAUUUAUUAUUGUCAAAGUCUUUCAACUCCGACGUUCUCACACACACAAGUAAAUAGUCCAGGUUUUUACCAGACCCAACCUUACAUUCUUAUGCAAACCAAACUUGUGAAGAAGACUUCGAUCGACAGCAGGAUGAAGUGACAUCCUGGUCAGCCAGUGAAAAUCCCAAUUGGUGGGGGGGGGGUACAUUAUUGACUGUUUGCUGAGUUGUGUUUUUGGUCAAUACAUUCUUGAAAGGCCCCUAUUUUAAGUUUCAAAACUAGUAACUGAAUUCGGUUUGUUCACACGUAUCGCACAUUUUCUAUCCGUUGGACUUGCAGGGUUUUAUGGGUUGUUUUCCCAUAGUCAUGUCCAAUUGCAAUAUAUAUACAGCAUGUCAUUUGUAGAAUGUUGUCAUUUGAAAAUGGCAGGAUCGUUUGUUGCGGUUGACUUUGAAAGAAUGGAGUCGAAUUUGAUUGUUUUGUGUCGUUCACAAUAAACCCUACCGUGAAUUUGCACAUCAACGCUUGCAGCCCCAUCGACCGAUCCAAUGAUGAAGGACGUUUUGGCUAGGGAGCCUUAAUUUGUCUCACAGACUUGACCAAUUUAAUUGAAUGGCUAUCGACAGAGACCGAGCUUCAGUUAAUCACGCAUAUGGUCACUCGUGGCUGCUGUAAUUAUAGAAAACUCGACCACGUUUUUGUUAAUGCAGUGUUUUAAAAAAACUGACUUAGGAGGCUGUGUGAGCCAUGUAGUUGACAUUGGUAAUAUCGAAGCUCGUGCAGGCAAUUCCGUAACUUUUCUACAAGAAGCCAAACUCACAACAAAUGCAUUGACGUGUAGCUGUUGCGUAGCUUCUUUGCAACUUUGUUGACAAAGCUGUGACUUUGUUCUUUACCGUUCUGCAAAUGUUACCUUCUUGCUUCUUGCAAAACGCUUGUAAUGACCACGAACCCGAUCGCUACGAUAGAAAAAAAAAUAGAAAAAAAUAGAAAAAGCAAAAAAUGGCGAAAAAAUAUGACAAACCCUCAAAAACGCAACGAUUAAAAUGAAGAUGGAAAUAGGUACUAACGUUACAUAAAUUGUUUCCAUUUUCAUUUUUAGCCUUAGGGGCCAUCCCUCCCCCCCUCCCUGUAUGCACGCGGACUUUGUACACCCCCUCCCCCCACCUGCGUACGUACGCUUGACGCACCCCCCCCCCCCCCCGAAUCAUAUAGAACGGACGAUAUUUAAUCCACGCAGAAACGAUCAAGGAUUAAUAAUAUUAACGUGUUUCAGCAAACAGACAGUCCACCGCCGGACUAUCUAACUCAUUUGAAGGCCAAUGUAGACAAUUUAUUAUCGAGGCUUCACCCCCCCCUCCCCCCCGUUUGCUAUGCGUAUGAACAUUGUCAAUAGACCCCCCCAUACGCAAGCGUACGCAUUUGGGUUAAACUCCCCCCCCUCCCCCCUCCAUGCGUACGUACUAAAUGGAUGGGUCCUUAACUCUAUGUAACAAGCUGAACCCAUUAACUUUUGUCAAGUGAUAUUCAUGCCCUCCUCCCCCCGUCCCUGCCUGGCUCCAAAAUCCUCGGCCACUAUUUCACAAAUCUCUUCCCCCGCCGCGACCCCAUUUCUCCACACCUCACAGGAUUUCCUCGACUCCCCAAAAAAAACUAAAUCUAUGUCCGCCAAUCGCCGCACGCACCGCUGCAAACAUGUUUUGUGUUUAAACUAUGAGACCUCCUUUACCACUGGCAAAAUAUAGUAGUAGGUUUUUCAUCUGGUCCAACACCAAUGGAGACUAGGCUCUAAGGAAAGCUGUCUCGGGUGUGGACCAAUCAACUUCAAGGACAGUGCAUAUUAUUAUCAUCAUCAGAGUUGUUUCUUUUUGUAUGCAUUUUGACUACUUGUGUUGUGGUUAUUGCAAACAUGAUGCCUUGUAUAAAGGUGUCAGUUUUGUACCAGUUUAAAGGGUAAAAACCUACUACUAUAGUUUUGUGUUCUUCCACAAACACCAAUUUUUUUGUCCCCUGGAAAUGAACGACAUCGUGCACAGCCAGGCUAUUGAUGAAGUCGACACAAAGUGACCGUUGGGAUGACAGUGUAAGGAUUCAUUGCGGCGUUUUGAAAGUUAUAGCUUGUGACUUGGGCACACACACCACCAGCCUAGCGUAUUGUUUCAUAGGUGCGGUCUUCCAAUCUCGAAGUUCCAGAGGCAUGAAGGUCGUGGUUGUGAGUUCCUUUUGUAUUUGGCCAUAAGUCCCAACUGGGUGCUGAGAUAUUGUAAAAUGAAUGCUUUAAGAGCCAUUGCAGAUUGGGGUUUUAGUGAGCACUGUUAUCUUAGCAACUUUUCAACAGUAUAAUACAGUACUAUUGUAAUAUUUAGUAGUAAUUGGCGUUAAAUCGGCAACAUCUAUACUGCAAUCUUCGUUCUACCCUCAACGUUUGAGGUUUGUUAUGAUAUAUUAUGGAAGGACAAAGGAUAUUUAACAUUUAAAUGUUUAAAUUAAACCGUUUGGUCAUGCAUGUAAGCCAUUAUUUACAUGGGUCCUGCGAUUACAACACCUGUACACGUAUGAUCGCCAGGUAGCUGGUAGGAUGUCCUAUGACAUAUUAUUGACUGAUGGUCACUUUAGUGAUCACGCAUAAAGAAUGACUCCGUAUGAAAUUUGCAUUCGAUCUGAAUCCUCCACAAGGGGGUGACUUGUUCGGAGCAUUCUUUUUGAAAACGUUACAGGAUUCUUGUAUAGAACGCACGCGUGGAUAUCUGCUGAAUAUAACCACCAAUAUUGACGAGUAGGCAAUACUAAGCCUUCACUAUUACGUAGUGCAGCUUAUACUUAAUAUUUGUAAGCGAAAUAUAAUUGCCAAAAACGAAGCACAUAUACGUACCGCGAUGUUUGUAUGCAUGCAUACAACAUGAGGAAUACUUUUUUUUUAAGAUGACCAUUCAAAUGUUCUGUGAAGAUUCCAGAUUAAAUGUGUUAAUAAAACUGUCCUGUGCAUGCAAGCAGGUUAUUUAAAAACCAUAACCAUAUUGUUAACGCACAGUGAUGUAUGUAUAUAAACACCAAUGACACUAAAAAAGUAAUCUACCCAUACACGGACUCACCCACGCGUAUCUAUAUGAAGGCAUUUACUCUAUAUUCACUAUAUAGUAUUCAUCAUACACAUCAUCUCAUCAUAUUUGGUUGGUUAAUUAAGGUUCAUCUCAUGAGGUUUCUCUUCUUUCAUCUCCGCAAGGCACCUGUGCUGUCGACAUCCGGUCAAGUGGAGAGCGUCAUUAGGAAUCCUGGCAAUACCCCCCCCAAUGUAAAGCUGCCUAGAGUCUUCAUUGAAAAACAUAUGUCUUUACGGAUGUCCGUUUUUGGAAUUCCGUCAAGAGGAGGUUCAAGUCACUGUUGUGAAACACUGCCAAUAUCUUGUAUUCUAUACAUAGCAACAGAUAUCUGGAGAAUUUUAAGGUGAACAACUUUGGUGUCCCGAGGUGAUGCUUUUUUUAAAUUCAGAAGCCCUACAAUAGCGCUUGUGUCAUCUUGUCCGAAACAUGUUCAAGUCUAUUACUGUUUUAGUGUCCCUCAUCUGUACAUACGAGAAAGAAAACCAGGACAAUUAUAACUCCAGUUUGCUAGAGUGUGCAUGGUCAUACGGUACUGUAAUCAAGCUCUCCUGUUAAAAAGUCUCUGGAAUUUUUAAGCCAAGGAGCUCAUUUCAUCAAGUUGAACAGUGUCCUCAAAAUGAAUGUUGUCGCUCACAAAGAUAUUACUAUGAUUAUUGUUAGUAUUAAAACCAACGCUCUGGUUUCAAUGAGCUAUAACGAUGGUUACACGGCAGAGCUGUCCCACAAUUUGUGGACUGUGAAUAUAACACAAUGCGUGCGUUUGGUGAGAACUAUUAUGCUGAAAGCAAUGAAGACCGAUUCAAGUAAGAGUGGUCACAGAAUUUGUAACGUCUGCAUGUGUUCAAGUCUGUCUGUACAGCAACGGUACUGUUAUCAAAGCUUUAGACUUAGUUUAGGCAACUAGCAUCAGAUACGUGGGGGUAUCAAGUGGCUAUUUAACUCAGCAAUUAUCAAUUUAUCAACGGUCUAUCCCGCAAUGCCAGAGAGCUAAACAAACUCGUGCUGUGGUUCAAACCAUUCAUGGGACAUCGGAGGUGAAUAAGGUUUCAGCCUUUCCAGACGGAUUCUCAAUUAUCUGUUUUGUUCAUUAUUACUUUAUUUAAGAAGUCUCUUCAAUGCUCUUGUAACUAAUAUGUUAAUAAGCAAAAGACAAGUCUGGGAAUGUCGUUGUGGUUAAACAAGUUUUUUUUGUGUGUUCGCGCGCUAGUCGUAUAAUUGCUUUUUUCUUUUGCCUUUGUUUUUUCACCAUUUGCGCAUGAGAAAACAUUUUAAACUGUAAAACUUCAACGAAUAAAAUGGCAAUAAUCUGACACUUUUUUUUAUUAUUAAAAGUGACCAAUAUUGUGCGUACUGUUGUGUGCUAGCAGGGCUAUUAUGCUUUGCUGUGUUAAGAAGUUAUGGAAACUUAAUUUCAUUCCUUCCUCUCCAGUGUUCCAAAUAGCGAGAGACUUUAAAUCGCUCUGUUGUUUUAUUUUAUGUUGGGCACGAAACAAUGUGAGUGGUCUUCAUUGUAUGGAAUAUUUUGCAAAGUCAUUAAAAAGUCACACUUCA